CAAACCUGAGGCCAUCUUAGACUGUAUUAAGACAUAUACAUACAUAUAUAAAAUGCCCAUUGUUUAAGAGAGUUUAUUAAAAAUCGCAGGACACCGGUUCUAUAUUUGAUGAACAGAAGAUUAAAAAAUUAUUUAAAAUUAACAUUACCAUGUACACAUGUAUGUAGGUGCAAUAUUAUUAUAUUUCCGGUGUAGCGACAAGUUUAAAUCUAUAACACUACAAUACAAUACUAUUUCUUAUAAACAAUGUACAUAUGCAUAUCUGUACGUAAUUAUCAAUCCAUAGUGUCAUAUGAAACAUUAAAGGUAUUUUAAUUUCCUUAAUGCAUUUACAACGUAUGUUCAAACUUAUACAUAAAUAAGAAACAGGAAAUCAGAACCGCAUCCUAUAAAUACACAGUUCUACCGCAGCUGGAGGCCCGGAAGAAGCAGAGCUACGCAUCACUGGACCCCCGGCGUAUACGGUCAGUUUAAAAGGGACGUGCUUCAAGAACAUUUCUUAUUGCGAUCCCCACAUGGACGGCAUAAACAAGUAUAACGAAUUUGUAGCACUGCACAAGCCGCAGCUGGAAUCCUCGGCGGUUCCAGUGCAUUUUUGGCCAGCCCUUUACCGAAAGCUGUCCACGGACACCUUCGAUGCCGGCGAGGCACUGCAGUUGAUGCUGAUUGACUACGACGAUAAUGAUGAUCAAAACCCUGCAGAGGACGACGACAGUCCCAAUCCAGUGUUUGCACUGGGCGUGGCUCGGGAGCAGGGCCUAAAGGCUAGUGAUCCUCAGGCUAUCUAUUUGGUAGAUCACGCCUGGACAUUCCGGCUAAACAAUGCCCGGCGGCAAUUAGAGCAGUAUCCGCAAUUGGCGGACCGUUUGUCAGCCAUCACCGGUGUUGAUCUGGAGUUAGAAGACCGGAUCGACAAAAUAUUACACCGCCUGUGGAAGUAUUGUCACGCCUACUCCAUCGGCAGCGAGGGUCUGUCAGAUGAGGAGAGGCAGCCCAUUUGGUAUGUGAUGGACGAGGUAGGCUCGGCCGUGAACCACUCAGAUGAUCCUAAUUUCCGCCUUGUGCCAUUACUCUACUUGAACACGCAAACCACGUAUAGUGUGAUGUUCCCGAUUCGAGACUGUGAGGUCGGGGACCAGGUCACCCGAGACGCGGUGGAAUAUGUGGCGAAGGAGGCGCCGCAGAGGAAAGCUCUGCUUUUACCCUGGCGCGAUGCCGAUCUCACGGAUGAAAGCUUCUUGCAGGUAGAGCCACGCGCUGAUUACUUCACCAGUGGUCACAUCCCUGAGACUUAUCCCAAAGAUAAUACUGAUCCACUACCAGCCAGGUCACGUUGCGAUCCCUUGAAGGUGUAUGCUGAGUACGAGGUGGUGCGUCAGCAUCUCACUUCGCCCGAGUUUAUCCUGGUUAGUAACAAAGAUGAAGCGGAUGUCUUGUGGCUCACACAUCACUUUAAGAACUUUGAGGAGUUUGCUAAUCAGGCGCCUGGCAAGUUCAUCAAUCAGUUUCCCUUUGAGUACGUGAUCACCAUCAAGGAUUUGCUCAGCAUUGUUGGUCGACGGGCAGCCAAGGAGCACCACAACGAACUUACCCUGGAAACAUAUCCGAGUUGGCUUCCCACCACCUAUAACUUGUCUACGGAAUUAAAGGAGUUUGUUGCUUAUUACCAAACGAGGGCAGCCAAAGGCCUCGACAAUCACUGGAUCAUCAAGCCAUGGAACUUAGCUCGUGGUCUAGACACUCACAUCACGAACAACAUUAAGCAAAUCGUGCGACUGCCUGCCACUGGGCCAAAGAUUGCCCAGAAGUACAUCGAAAGGCCAAUCCUCUUUAGUCGAGAGGAGCUGGAGGGCCGCGUCAAGUUCGAUAUUCGCUAUGUCAUACUCCUGAAAAGUGUUAAGCCUUUGAAAGCCUAUGUGCACCGCAAGUUUUUCCUGCGUUUCGCCAAUCAUCCUUUCUCACUGGAUCACUUUGAUGACUACGAGAAGCACUACACGGUGAUGAACUAUCAGGAAGAGGCGCAGUUGCAUCACGUGAAGUGCGACGACUUUCUGACCCUCUGGCAAGAGCAGUAUCCAGAGAACAACUGGUCUAACAUAGAACAGCAGAUCUGUGAAAUGCUGCACGAGGUUUUGAAGUGCGCAAGUCAAGCAGAUCCUCCCUGUGGAUUGGCACCUUGUUCGCAAUCCCGAGCUCUGUAUGCUGCUGACAUUAUGCUCCGAUGGAAGGACAACAAGGAGAAGGUAAUGGAGCCCCAGUUAUUGGAAAUCAACUGGACUCCCGAUUGCAAACGCGCUUGCGACUAUUAUCCGGAUUUUUUCAACGACAUCUUCCGGCUGCUUUUUUUGGACGAGGAAAACGACGAGAGCUUUAGGUUGCUGACAGCGGAAAAUUGACAUAAUAAAUUAAUAAACAUAAUUUCCUAAUGCUUAA